AUGGCUGAUGAUUCACUUCAACAAUUAAAUAAACCAAAAGUAGAAAUAAAUCCAGAAGCUGUUGUUGUAGCUAAAGCUAUUUUACGUGGUGGAAAUAUUGUUAUUGGGGCUGGGACUGUUAUACACCCACAGGCGCUUAUAGAUGCAGGUGAAGGCAAAAUUAUUUUUGGUUCAAACAAUAUAGUUGAAGAAACUGCAAUAAUUCAAAAUUUAGGACCACCUGGAAAUUUAAUGAAAAUUGGUGAUGAGAAUUUAUUUGAAAUUGGCUCGGGUUUGUUUUUUUCUUUUUCCAAAUUUUGA